UUGUUAAGGCAAAAUGGCCAGCAUACCAAUAACAACAACGUUAUUCGCACUAGUAGUGGUCGAACAGUGAGGCGAGUGCUGUACGACGACGGUGGUUCAACACCUGAUGUUGACGCAUCUCCACGUCCACUCAAGUCGUCCAAACGACAUUCCGCACGUUCAAACGGUUACGUGAAUACGGACUACGUCCUUGAUGAUGAUCUCGAUUACGACAGCGAGUCGUCGACAAUCACGAAGAGCAAACGAAAACGAAAAAACGCGGAUGAAUUCACAGAAUCACCUUUACGAAGUUUUGCACCUACACUGCGUGAUCCCGAUCUGUCAUCAAGAGCUAGGAUCGAGGAGCUGGAGAAACUUAUACGAGAGGCUAUGCGUGAACCAUAUGCGUGGCCUUUUCUGGAACCUGUGGACAAGAAGGAGGCAAGUUUUCUUGUGCCAUCACGGUAGGC